AUGACUAAUACUCUUGAAAGCUUUACAGAUGUUCUGGGCGAUGAAAUUGGUAACUCCCAGCCGUUGUCUUUGCCGUCUUCUGCUGAAAGUAGAGGUUUCCCUGUGUCUGUCAAUAAUAAUCCUAUUAAAACUACGAAUAUCAAUGUUGGAGUUACAGGACGCCCUUCUAAAUGUACUGGACAGCAUGGACAAUUCAGGAGUGUGGAGGAAAUAGUGGCACCAGUGAAAGCGCUAUGCACUGAAAGAUUAACAGAAUGGUACUCAAAGUUCACGAAGCUUGGUUUAAUGUGUAUCGAAGUUACUGGCGACACUGACGUAGAUUUCACACAGCUUAAACCUUACAAGUUCGGAGACGAGUGUCGUCCUGUGAAGUUGAAGCGUAUUGUGGAAGGGUAUCCCUGUGCUGAAGGCACCAGUAUAUUCAAGUUCGAUAUCAUACUUAAUUACAAGUUGUGGCCCAUUAUACAGAAAUACCAUUGCGGAAAACCUACUUUGAUAUUCUGCAAUACUCGUAAGAGUGUAAUAUUGACGGCGGAGACUCUGUCCCGUGAGUUGACAGUUAGCUUCAACGCGGAACAAAAGGCGAAGCUAACUGCCCUAGCUUCUACAAUUAAGAACAAGACAUUACAGGUGAAUUAA